CUCAUUUACUAGUGUAUAUAAACAUCGAAUCAUAUGCCAUUACCUGAAUGAAUCACCAUCUAAUUACCUCACACCUUCUCUCUAUCUCUAUCUCUAUCUCAAACGUCACAAUUCACAGAAAUACACAAAGCCAUGGCGAAAUCUUCAUCUCUCGAACUUGACUUUUUCGCCAUGGCGGAUAAAGGAUCUACUGCUCUCCCACCGCCCACUGCUGCCCCCGUUUUUCAGCGUAGAAGAAGUUUUCGAGAUAUACAAGGUGUUAUAACGAAGAUGAAUCCAGAGGUGGUGAAGAGCGUGAUUGGGAAUGGCGAUUUUGCGAUUCCUUCUCCUCAAUUUGAUCCUAAACUUAGCCUGCGGUGUGGGGGUGAUGAGAAUAGAGCUCCAAUGACCAUUUUCUACAAUGGAAUGGUUUCUGUAUUUGACGUCUCUCCACGCAAGGCACACGAUAUUCUCAAAGUCGCUGAUGAAAUGCUUCCUUCUGAAUCGCCCGAAAACUUGGAAUCCAACUCAAAUGGUGAAACAAAUUUGCUGGAAUCUUUCAAUGGAGAUUUGCCCAUAUCAAGGAAAAUUUCUCUGCAAAGGUUUCUGCAGAGGCGAAAGGAAAGGGUUGAACAUUGAUGAAGACGUAAUAACAUAAUCGUGCAAAAAUCAAGGUCGACAAUUAUCUUUAUUACUUUGUCUGAGACUGAGUCACAGGAGGAGUUUCUAUAUUUUUCUAGAUUAACUUGACAAAGUCGAAGCACUGAACAUGUGAUAAAAUUGGAAUUUUAAAUUCCAAGUCAAUUAUUAGUAAAGUAAGUAAACACGUGGGUCAAAUGUUAUUAACGCGGUUUUGAAUUUGAAUGCAGGCUAAUUACGGUGUCGCCAUACUAAGAAAGCACGUUUUUAGGUAUUAGUAACACGUUUUGAAUUUGUGGAAGGGAAAAAAACAUAAUUAUUUAUGCUAAUUACCUAAGAAAAAGGAGAUGAAAUGGAGGUGGUUGGAUCCGCAAGAAGCACGUUUUUAGGUAUUAGUAGUAACACCUUGUUUCGUCGCACUUUCAUGGGUUGGCUUUUUGCUGCGGCUGCAGUUUCUUGGUUAGUCACGUGGAUAGUGAGGAAUGCUACGACCACUUUUUUCAUUUUAUUAGUAUUUUACAAUUAAAUUACAAUAUUUAUUGUAUGUGCAGAGUAAUUUCUUGCAAUUGACUUUAGUGUGUGCUAUAUAUGUUAUGCUAUUUGCCACCUA